AGAGAGCUGUAAUUUAUUAGUAGUUUACCCCCGCUUUUUCUCACUGUCACUCACUUGCUCUCUCUCUCUCUUUCUCUCUUUGUCCUCUCCCUUUCUCAUGGAUCCUUUUGGUCUCUUCUGUACUGGGGCUCUUCUUGCCUGCGGUCUUUACUGGUUCGUCUGCCUUUUAGGGCCGGCCGAGCAAAAGGGCAAGCGAGCCGUCGAUCUCUCCGGCGGCUCCAUCUCUGCCGAGAAAGUUCAGGACAACUAUAGACAGUAUUGGUCUUUCUUCCGCCAACCAAAGGAGAUCGAAACCGCCGAAAAGGUUCCAGAUUUCGUCGAUACUUUUUACAACUUAGUCACCGAUAUUUACGAAUGGGGUUGGGGUCAGUCCUUCCACUUUUCUCCUUCCAUUCGAGGGAAAUCUCACCGGGACGCCACGCGCCUCCACGAAGAGAUGGCCGUUGAUCUGAUCGAAGUCAAGCCCGGAGAUCGAGUCCUGGACGUCGGGUGCGGCGUCGGGGGGCCCAUGCGUGCUAUCGCGGCUCAUUCGCGAGCCAAUGUCGUGGGCAUCACCAUCAACGAGUACCAAGUGAACCGAGCCAGGCUUCACAACAAGAAAGCUGGGCUAGAUUCGCUUUGUGAAGUGGUUUGCGGGAACUUUUUGGAGAUGCCAUUCAAAGACAACACCUUCGAUGGUGCGUACUCGAUAGAGGCGACGUGCCACGCGCCGAAACUGGAAGAAGUGUACGCGGAGGUGUUCCGGGUGCUGAAACCGGGAUCUCUAUACGUGUCGUACGAGUGGGUGACGACUGACAAGUACAGAGGUGAUAACCCUGAACACGUGGAGGUUAUUCAAGGUAUCGAAAGAGGCGAUGCUUUGCCCGGUCUCAGGAACUACAAGGACAUAGCGGAGGUUGCAAAAAAGGUAGGCUUCGAGGUUGUUAAAGAGAAGGAUCUAGCCAAGCCACCGGCCUUACCCUGGUGGACCAGGCUUAAGAUGGGGAGAAUCGCCUACUGGAGGAACCACAUUCUCGUCACUGUUCUAGCUUCCAUAGGGAUAGCUCCUAAAGGAACCGUUGAUGUUCACGAGAUGCUGUUUAAGACCGCCGAUUAUUUGACCAGAGGUGGGGAUUCUGGGAUUUUUUCCCCCAUGCACAUGAUUCUCCUCAGAAAACCCCAAGUCCCACCUACCCAAUCUUAGUUAUUUCUCUUUAAAAAAAAAUCUUAGGCCUUGAGGUAAUUUAUUUGCUGCAUUGUCUUCCAGUUCCAGUUCCAUCUCUUUUUCUUCUUCUUUUUUCACUACAGCUUUCCUAAAAAACAUUAAUUUCCUAGGUUUCUCUUUUAUUUAUUUUUCUACUUUUCUUAGUCGAAAUCAUGUACUUUCCCCUUUUUUAAUUCAAAUUCCAGUUUGAUCGUCGGCGAUAAAGGAAAA